UGUUUGUGCAUUGAAGUGUUAUGUUCUCUAAUUUGACCUCGGAAAGUAACUAGUGGGUAUACGGUAACGUUGUUGCUUAUGGAUCAUUUGUACCUUGUAUAGUACUGUGAUGUUUUGUACGUUUGCUUAUGACUGAGCUUUAAUGAGCUGUGACUUUUCCUCUUAAUUAAUAUGUAAUUCAUUUAUGUUGCCGGUACCAUACGUCAACGGUUCGUGCCCGACAACAGGAGACAGUGGGAUGAACUUGGGGGUUUUCAUGACCUUGUAGGAUUUCGAACAGGCAAGAAGAUGUUUGUUUCCAGGUUGGCACUGCGUCUCAGAGCAAGCUGCACGGUGUCAGGUUGCUUACAAAUCCCUGGAAGGUUUGGCGGCAUAGAAGGAGUGAACCCUCCAUGCCGCUUGCCCCCUUGUGGCCGGGCAAGGUACAGCAGUAAAGCUGCAGUAGAUAGCGCUCACUCCCCCCAGCGCUGGAUAACCCUUUCCCCAGAACUAGAAGAGUUGCUUGUCCCUCGAAAGUUGGCAGUGUCCCCCCUGGAGAGCUGGCUGUCCUUGCGCUACUCCCUCCCAUCACUAGGCGGCAGCACUGAUCCCCAGCCCCUAGAGGAGGGAGUUGGUGAGUCUGAGCCAAAGGCACUGCCCCCCUCUGGAAACCCCACCCCAGGGGCAGAUGAGGGCAUAAGGCCAUUGAGCUGCAAGAACGUCCUGGAGAUCCGCCGCAGGAAGAUGAACCGACACAAGUACAAGAAGCUGCUAAAACGCACCAAGUUCCUGCGGAGGAGGGUGAUCGAGGGCCGGAGGAAGAGGAAACAGGGGCGGUUCGAGAGGGAUCUGAAGAGGAUCUGGGUGCGUGCGGGGCUGAAGAAGGCGCCCGAGGGAUGGACGACUCCGAAGAUCUACAUUAAGCAGUACCAGGGCAAGGGGGAGUGACUGCUGUGCCCCACAAACACAAGAUCCACAUAAGCCAGGCGAGGGGGCAACUGCUCAGAGUGCCAGAGCAAUUAGACUGCCAGACUCUCAGCCUUACAUGACCAUCUUAGUAGAGAUGUCAAACAUGAACCUGCAUCAGGAAGUACCAGGAAAAAGGAAUGCAAACAUGUUGGAAGGCGCUGAUACAAUCCUUGACCCAAAGCUGGCAUCUUACUGAUACGCUGUUGGUUUGCUGAAUGUUGUAUUUAAUAAAAAGGGGUUCUGUUUCACUUGCAGAACUGUAUUUAA